GCCCUGCGGGCCUCCAGCCCGCUGCUGGACCUCCCUGCCUACCAGAGCCGGGCCCUCCGCCUCCAAGCAGCUAUCCACUAUGCCCAGGGCGACCUCUCGGCGGCCAAGAGCCUAGUGGAGGAGGCGCUCACCGCCGCUGCCGAUGGCAGCCCCGGAGCACCCGAGGACACAUCAGAGCGGGCCGCCGCUGAAAUCAACCUGGGCUGCCUGCUGCACCGGCAGGGGCGGCAUGAAGAGGCCAGCAGCAAGUUUUCUGGCGCCAUGCAAGUGUUGGGUUACUGCCCUGAGCUUUCUUACAACAUGGCGCUGUGCUGCUACGCAGCCAAGCAGUAUGCCCCUGCCCUCAAACACAUCUCCGAUAUCAUAGAGCGUGGCAUCAACCAGCACCCAGAGCUCAGCGUGGGCAUGACUACUGAGGGCAUUGAUGUCCGCAGCGUAGGCAACACUCUGCUCCUGCACCGCACGGCCCUGGUGGAGGCCUUCAACCUCAAAGCGGCCAUUGAGUACCAACUGCACAACCUGAAAGUGGCCCAGGAGGCACUCACAGAUAUGCCUCCAAGGGCUGAAGAAGAGUUGGAUCCAGUCACACUGCACAACCAAGCACUAAUGAACAUGGACAGCCAGCCCACUGAAGGAUUUGAGAAACUGCAGUUUCUUCUGCUGCAGAACCCCUGUCCACCAGAAACUUUUGGAAACUUACUACUCCUGUAUUGCAAGCAUCAGUACUAUGACCUGGCAGCUGAUGUGCUGGCAGAGAAUGCCCACCUGACGUACAAACUGCUCACACCUUACUUGUACAAUUUCUUGGAUGCCAUUAUUACUUGUCAAACUGCCCCCGAAGAGGCUUUCCACAAGCUAGAUGAUUCAGCAGGGAUGCUGGCUGAGCAGCUGAGAAAACUCACAAAGCAGGUACAGGAAGCUAGGCAAAAUUGGGAUGAUGAAGCUGUAAAAAAGGCAGUUAAUGAGUAUGAUGAGACUCUGGAUAAAUAUGUACCUGUCUUGAUGGCCCAGGCAAAGAUCUACUGGGACAUGAAGAACUACACCAUGGUAGAAAAGAUUUUCCGCAAAUCGGUGGAGUUCUGUAACGAACACGAGGUGUGGAAGCUCAAUGUGGCUCACGUGCUCUUCAUGCAAGAGAACAAGUAUAAAGAGGCUAUUAGCUUCUAUGAGCCAAUAGUUAAAAAACACUAUGACAACAUUCUCCAUGUUAGUGCCAUUGUGUUAGCUAACCUCUGUGUUUCCUACAUCCUGACAAGCCAAAAUGAAGAUGCAGAGGAACUGAUGAAGAAAAUCGAGAAGGGAGAAGAGCAGCUGUCCUAUGAUAAUCCUGAUAAAAAUAUCUACCAUCUUUGCAUUGUCAAUCUAGUCAUUGGUACCCUCUACUGUGUGAAAGGAAACUAUGACUUUGGUAUUUCAAGGGUCAUUAAAAGCCUGGAGCCGUAUAACAAAAAACUAGGUACUGAUACCUGGUAUUACGCCAAACGGUGUUUCCUGUCCUUGCUGGAGAACAUGUCCAAGCACAUGAUCAUGCUACGUGACAGCGUUAUUCAAGAGUGCAUUCAGUUUCUGAAGCAAUGUGAGCUGUAUGGAAGAAAUAUCCCAGCUGUCAUUGAGCAACCCCUCGAAGAGAAGAGGAUGCACAGUGCAAAAAAUACAGUUACCUAUGAAGCCAGGCUUUUGAGGGCACUGAUGUAUAAGAUCAUUGGGUGGAAUACGUAAAUGCUGUUCCCGUAGAGUAGAAAUAAGAACUUUGUGUCUGUUCUUUUCCUACGCUUGUGAGGUGAUGCUCACCCUGGUAGUCCGUAGUGGUAUGGGUGUUCCUUGAUUGCUUACCUUUAAAGAUUUUGCCCUGUAUUUUAACAACGUUCAGUGGAAAAUAGAAUAUUUG